AUGCAUCGCAGUUUUUCAGUAGAAGAAAAUAAUGACCACAAGAGAACUAUUCCCAAUAAUGAUGAUGAUGAAGAAAAACCCACCACUGUACCACAAACAUUACUUAACGACUCUAAUAUUUCAGAUGUUGAAAAGUGUGAUAAAAUGGAUGCUUUAAGAUGUGCACUUGUUAGUUUUGAGUUAGUUGUAACUUUACUCAUUUUCUCUGCUUUUAGAAGGCAUAUACAGGCAGAAAACAGUUGCACGGAUGAUAUUAGGAAUCUAUGCAAUGAAGCUAAAUCGUUGCAAGCAAAAUUAAGAGACAAGAAAUGUUUGAUAAUAAGUCAUUUUCAGAAUGUUGUUUCAAAUCUUGCUGAGGAAAAUUGA